AUGGUAGUCGACAGCUUCAAGCCGUUCGACGAGGACGCAAUUCGACGAGGAGCGUGCAAGGAGCCGGAGACCGCGUCCCUCUACCUCGUCUACGCCGAGCAGACGGUUAAAAGCGACGUAUUCCGUAUAAAAUUUUCUUCGCUCCGCGAAUUCAUAUAG